AUGGCAAAGAGUAAAAACCACACCAGUCACAACCAGAACAGAAAACAACACAGAAAUGGAAUAGUGCGUCCGAAGAAACAACGAUAUCCUUCUUUGAAGGGGGUUGACCCUAAGUUUCUCCGUAAUAUGCGAUUUGCCAAGAAGCACAACAAGAAGUGUAAGACCGCUGCUGUGAAGCAGGGUGUAAAAUCGGAGUAA